AUGCCCCUUCAACUAUUUGGUAGAGAUCAAAUAGUAGUGCAUUAUGAUAGCAGCAAUGAGGAUAUAGAAUCACACGAUGAUUCCUCCCCUAGUUUAUCGAGAACUGUUGUGCUCCAAUAUAAAUUACUACAUUUUGCCGAGGAUAUCACCCAGUUUAAGUUAUAUAAUGUCACUAUCGUUCAUUGGACUUUAUUUCUACUGUGGUUGUGGCUUCUCUGGUCAUUAACAAAUGUCUAUAAUGACUUGUAUCAGAGAUCUGCACAUUUUGCUAGUAUGUGCACGAAUGUUAUUCUGUUUGGACUAUCUGAUAUAAUUGCUCAAUCCAUAACGUGUUAUUUUUCAUCUUCUAUUGAUCCUAUACCACAAAUAAUAGAUUCCACAGCAAACGAAUUCAUGCAUCAAUGGCGGCAUAACGCCUCUCCAUCUCAGAAUAACGAAGACACAGGCUAUGAAAGUGAUAACUAUUCCGUCUUCAAUGACUAUGGGCUUUCUGCCAUUUCUUCAAAUGUUAGCGAUUUCGAAUUUAACACAGAGUACUCGAAAUUACGUGACACAUCCAUAUUCAAUUUCUGGAGAUGGGUUUGUUUUAUGUUCUGGGGACUAUUUAUUAGUAAUUUUCAAGUGCCAUGGUACAAAAUUUUGAAUUACUUUUAUACGGAAGAUCCAACCGUUAUACAGGUUCUUGAACGCGUAUUAUCAGAUCAACUGUUGUAUUCACCACUUUUCCUCUACUUUUUCUUCACUUACUCUAACUUUAUUAUGGAAAGAGGCGAUUCUGAGACUUACAGGAUAAAAAUAGAGAGAUUAUACAUUUCAACUCUAGGAUGUAAUCUACUAGUGUGGCCACUAGCCCAAUUUAUCAAUUUUCUCAUCAUUCCUAAGCAUUUUCAGGUCCCCUUUAGUUCUUCUGUUGGUGUUCUUUGGAAUUGUUUCUUAUCAAUGAGAAACGCAUCAAAUUCUAUAUAA